GAGCUGCCAUGGCCACGCCGCUAUCGUCCACGCCGGCGAGCGGGAGCCGCAGCCGCGGCGCCGCCGCUUCUCCGCUCAGCCCGACGCGGCUCAGCCGGCUGCAAGAGAAGGAGGAGUUGCGGCAGCUCAAUGACCGCCUGGCCGCCUACAUCGAGCGGGUGCGGGCGCUGGAGGCCGACAAGUCGGUGCUGCAGCAGCGGCUGGUCGACCUGGAGGCGGGUAGCGGCCGGGAGCUGGGCUGCCUGCGGCUCCGCUACGAGGCGGAGCUGGCCGACGCCCGCCGUGCGCUGGACGACAUCGCUAUCGAGAGGGCCACGCUGCAGGUGGAGCUGGGCAAGAUCGGCGAGGAGCACCGGCAGCUGCACAGCAGGUCGGUGUCCGGCCCUUCUGCCUGGCCCUGCCUGGUGCGGGGCUCCCUAGGAGGCACCAACCGCUCUGGGGCGAGGAGAAGCAGGAAUUCAAAAAAAGAAGCUGACUUGAACUUGGCACAGGCUCGUAUGAGAGACCUUGAUGCUCAGCUGAAUGCAAAGGAAGCUGACCUGGCAACAGCUUUGAGCGAGAACCGGACUUUGGAGAAUGGCCUCCGUGAGUUAAAGGAUCAAGUAGUCACUCUGGAGCUGUCACUGGAAGAUGCCAAAAAGCAUCUCCACAGUGAAAUGUUGAGAAGGGUGGACCUGGAAAAUAAUUUGAAAACUUUGCAGGAAAAAAUGACAUUCCAGAAGUGUCUUCAUGAAGAUGAGCUCAAGGAGAUAAAAAGAGUCCAUGAGAGCAGAAUAGCAGAAAUGGAGUCUGGUCGUCGGAGAGAAUUUGAGACUAAGCUCUCAGAUGCUCUGCAGGGGCUCAGAAAACAGCAUGAAGAACAAAUUCAAGGAUACAAAGAGGAACUGGAGAGAACAUUCAGUGCAAAAGUGGAGAAUGCCCAGCUUUCUGCUGCAAGAAAUAGUGACUUUGCCAAUGCUGCUCGAGAGGAGUUAAUGGAAACAAAGCUUAGAGUUGGUAAUCUGACAUCUGAAAUUAAUCACUAUCAAAGCCAGAAUGCUGCUUUGGAAAACAAAGUAAAGGAGCUACAGGAGAUGCUGGAUAAAGAUCGUGAUCUACAUCGAAGGCGUAUGGCUGAAAAAGAGAAAGAAAUGGCACAAACCCAGAAAAAGGUUCAAGAACAGUUGGAAGAAUAUGAGCAUCUCUUAGAUGUGAAACUGGCACUAGAUCUGGAAAUAAAUGCCUACAGAAAGAUGCUGGAAGGAGAGGAACAGAGGUUGAAUAUAUCACCUAGUGCAUCUUCACAUAGCAUUGCAACUCAAGCAACAAGUGAAGGGCGACGGUUUCUGCACGGGAGAAAAAGGAAAAUGAAAGCCAAAAAGAGAGAGCAUAGUGCUGGAUUUAAGACUGUUCAGCAUGCUUCAUCUUCUGGAAAAGUGUCUAUUGAAGAAAUUGAUGCAGAUGGGAAUUUUGUCAGGCUUAAAAACAACUCUGAUGAGGAUCAGCCACUACAUGGAUGGGUGCUGAGAAGACAUCUUGAGAGCGUGUCAGAUGUAGCAUACAAAUUCCCCUCACAGUUCACUCUUCAGGCAGGCCAAGUAGUUACGAUCUGGGGUGCAGCUGCUGGUGUAAGCCCAGGUCCUAGUGACCUGGUCUGGAAGUCUCAGAAAUCUUGGGGAUCUGGGUUUAACAUUGGUGUUACACUCAUCACAGAUGAAGGUGAGGAACUGGCAGAGAGAAAAUUAAUGCAUGUACCCAGAGGAGAAGAAAGUGGUGAGCAAGAUGAUGAGUAUGAAGAACUAAUGGGAAGUGAAGCAGAGCUUCCAUCUCAGCAAAAUGAAGAUCCCAGCUGUUCUAUCAUGUAAUAUGGACAUGGAGACGAUCACCUGAAAGCACUCCUAAACCUCAAGUGACAUUUUGGACUCAAGUCUGUGGUGGUACCUUCUACAAUAUCUGAAAGUAACUUGGAAUUUAAAUCUCCCAUCUACCAUAUUUGUGAGAAACACUGUCCAUGACAUAACGCCUCCUGCCUUCUGAUACUGUACCCUGUGCUGGAUUCACUGAUACAAAGAUCAGUAGAAUACAAGCUCUGUAGGAAGUUCUUUCACUCUGUCCCAAGGAUUUGAUUUCCGUGACCUGCUGAAACAGGAGUGUGCACAGUUAACAAAGCUGUUAGAUGUGUGUCCUAGAAGGAUGAUAAAUAAUUGAGGCUGAGCAUAGGCUGUCUCAGCUUUCUCAAUAUUAUGGUACAGUGUUUCUCCAAAGGUAAUUUCUGUUUCAAGUCACAGUGGGUAACAUGUGCCAGAUCAUGUCACAGCUUGGAUGUUCAGCAAUUCUGAACUUGGAUGAAGUUCAUUAUCCUGAAGAGUGCUGACUAUCUGAAAUGGUUUCUGCUCAUAUCCUGAUGCUGAAAUGUCUAGAUCACUUGCUGAAGAACUUCCUAGAGUAACAAAAUUUUUCAAGUAAAAUCAAGCUGUGAUGUAUUCCUCUUGUUUCUUAAAUAUACUGUUUCUUUAGUACAUAGAAAUUACCAACUGCAGUAUUUGAUAUUUCUAGAUGCAGCAUAGCUUUUAGUUUUGAUUUGCUGGAACCACAACAUGGACAGAUAUAUCCUGCAAAUGUGAAACAUUCCAACAGAAGGUACUGUAACUAACAAUAUUAGCACUUUGGUCCCAAAAAGCCAGCCUUUUAAGUGGCUAGGUAUAAAACACUGAUAAAAAUCAAAAUGACAAAGGUGCAUUAAAAAUACUAGCUCUUAGAGUCCCUAUGUACUGAAGGUCUGACACAAGGGCAGUCUGCAGUCCUGCUUUGUAUGUCUAGCUGGGAAGUGGGUGUGGAGUACUAUCUGUUGGCCAGUAUUUAAUAGCUUUAUAGCUAUCUGAAGGCUGACUCCUAGCCCUUAGAUACCAUGUAGUCAGCCUUCAUAAUCCCUUCUUUCAGCCUCUGUUUACCAAAAUGCUUACCUGAUGGUUUUAUAUGGCAAAGUAAGAACCUCAGUGAGCCUUGCAGGUCCUCUUCUCUUUAAGAGUAGAAGCAGCUGAUGUUGCAGAUCACUCAGUGCUGGUUUUUUUGUCUGCAUCUGUUACCUUACCAAAAUAUUAAGUUCUGAGUUUUGAGAUCUGUUCUAUAUUUGGAUGCAGUUAUUAACAUGAGGAUUUUCUUACACUGGCUUAAUGUUCUUAAAUUAAGCUGUUUAAGUCUUUAAAAAGAUGAAAACUAAUGCUGAUUUAAUACAUUUUUAUCAGUUUUGAACUCCUGUUAUACCUUGUGCCCCACAGGGAAAUAAAUGUUGCUAUAUCUUUCUAUAUUUAUCUUUAUGUUGAACUUUUUAUUGCUGAAGAGAUUUUUCAUGAGCAAAUAUUAAAAUCUAAGAUAUUUAUAGCUAAGUUAAAUAAAAGGUGGUUUAUUGAUGUUUCUCUUUUGAGUGGCUCAAAUGACUGGGAGCAAUACAAAGUCCCUGUAUAUCUUUAAGAAACCUUCACCCCUAUACUAUAUUGUGCUGUUUACAUCCAUCACUUAGUUCCUCAAAUAAAGCUAAAUUGUAAUGAAUUUCAUUUAAGAGUAGUACUCAGUACUUUACCUGACACUUCUAGCAUAAGGUAAAGAUGGUAUGAAGCAACAACCAUUGUAUUGGUAUGAAAUAACUGGAGUGGUAUACAGUAACCCUAAUGCUCAAUAGUAUGCAACUGCAAAGUACCCAACCAAGAGCCACAGACUGCAUACUGCACAGUAUGUCAUAUGUAGCUCUUCUUCAUCAUACAUAGCUAUGCUUCAUGAUUCCUCUGUAUUUACAUUUCUUAUUUUACUCCAAUGAAAAGACUAUUCUACUUCAGGCACCUUCCAAAUAAUGUCAGUAUUAGCUUUAGAAAAUCAAACCAUUUUGUUAACUAUUCUUUCUUCUCCCUGGCUCCUGCUUAUUUACCAAAGCAAAAUGAAGGUGCUGAACUGUGGUUCCCAACAGCUUUACUUCUUGGCUGCUGCUCACUUAAGUCUUUUGUUUUCAGGUGUGUGUACUUAAGCAAUAGUCCUUUUACUGCUCCAACCCCACAGCACACCUAUAACAACUGUUCACUGAGUUGUUCGGUAUUUAGGUGAUAAGUUGUGAAUCUUAACUUUUAAAACUUUAAGUAUUUCCAAACACUUUGUAUUCAGAACAUCACAGCUACUUUUGUUUAACAACUAGGUUGGGCCAAGUUACUUUCUGUAUUGCUGCUCUAAUAACCACUAGCUACUCACCUAAGAAGUUGGAAAACACCUAAUAAAUCUCCUCCUUUCUGGAGUUACUGUACCCUAAUUAGUUAGCCAGCUGUAGCCAAAGCUUUAAAGAAUAGUCCUUUACUUCUCUUGUCACCACUGUAUCAGCUAAGGCCAGAGAUAGGAGAAACUGGAUAGCCAGGGUUUGAAUAGCUGCUUACAAGCUAUUUAUGUUUCUUAUAUGGAAGGGUUACUGCACCUGUGGUACACAUGAAAUUCUUUCCUCUCUAAAGAGCACUGCUUCUACAGGACUACAGAACCAAGUAGAGCUUGAAACACUGAAGCUGGAUUCAAGCCCUUUUGUCCAUAAAGAGUUCACUUUCCUUCUCGUCAUUCCCCUAUCUUGUCCAUAAAGUAAUUGGCAAAAGAUCAUGUUUGUCUCAGGAUGCUGAAUUUUUCAGUCAUUACUACAUCCACAUUUCCUGAGCAAAGCAGGAAAAGGCUAACAGAGAAAUAAUUAACUCUAUAUUCACUUUGACAGUACUUCAGCCUGAGGCUGUCUGUCCUUCAUUUUGAGGCCUUUUUUCAUGUUUAAGUUACAGCAUUUGCCUUUUUACCUCUACCUACUCUUGUCUUCAUCAUUCUCCAUUCUUUAAAUAAUGGAUAGACAAUGGCAAAGUGUUACUAACUUUUCAUCUGUUUGCAACCAUGACCAGUGAUACUCACCCCUUUAUCUCAGUGGAGGUCUAUGCAAACUGUGGAGCUAGGAUCAGUUCGCACUUGGUUCAAAGGACUCUUAUUCUCCUGCUACAAGAAAAUGUUAAUAGAUAUUAUGAAUGUUACACAGUCAGUGACAGGAGAGCAAGAUUAUUACAGUUCCAGUUGCUGAGGUAUCAUAAAACUAAUAGCUUGGGUUUUUUAAAGUGUUUUUUUUUUUUUUCCCCCGGUGAAAGCUGACAUCCAGCAAGAGCGAUCCUCCAGCACAAAAAUAAAUUCCAGAAUUACAGGAAUAGAAGUGGCAACCACUCUUAUCCCACCGACAUAUUUAUUAAGUUUGGUCAGCAAAUUAUAGGAAUCUUCAGUUCUGAGAACUUGUACUUAGUACAACAACAUCGUAAUAUUGACAACAAUCACUUUGCCUUUUGUCAACAUACAAUGUGAAACAUGGAUUAACUUGUUCACAAUAAAUUACAGUGUGAUAGAUGAAAAGAGCCCAAUGAUAUCAGUAACUUAGGAACUCAUUACAGUUAGCUUCACUUACAGUAUUUUUAAAAAUUGUUUUCAAUAGUAAAAUCAUUGCAACCAAAGACUUAAAAAAAAAAAAAAAAGGAAAAAACAAAACCAUG